AUGAGGUCGGAUGUGGUCGGAUGCUCAAGCGGAGAUGGUUGUGAGGACUCCUGGCUGUACAGGAUAGGAUGGCCACGAAAGCAACGAGAAGGCAACAGGAGGACGUCUGAGUGGAUCUUGAACAAGGCCAAGAACCACAUUGGCUACGGCUUUGAUGGCCGCGUCAAUCCUGGAGAGGUCCAGGUCUCCGCCGUGUCCGGCGACACGCCGGACUGGUUCAUCGGGCCAAGGACCUUCGAAGGCCCCUUUCAUUGCAAGGCAGUGCCGGUCCGACGGUGCCCAGACGUCCACUUUAGACCGGAUGGCAAGAUGCUCUACACCGUGAAGACCUACCACCAGGGUGGCUUCCUUGACACCAGCGAGGUGCAUCAAGUGGUUGACACCAAAGGCCGACCUUUUGGCGAAAGCACCCGGAUCAUUCUCCCUGGCAGCUGCCCACCGCGAUCGAUCCAAGGGCACAAGGAGCAGACGAGAGCCACACCCCCUUGGUUGCAGAAGGCCACUGCGAACCGUUCCAAAGUUAGUCAUCUGGCUCACGGAGGCUGCACAGUGCUAAACAGUAUGUGA